AUGGCGAAAGAAGGCCAGCGGUCAGCAGCUGCUGACAAGGGAAAAGGCAAGAUCGAUGAUGUUCGCGAGCUGAACGGGCAGAAGAAAGAUGCAAAGGAUGAUAAAAUCUCCAAGACCGGAAAGAAGGAGGACAAGGAUGAUGAACUACAAGAGGAGGAGCUCAGUGAAGAAGAUCAGAAUCUUAAGAAUGAGCUUGAGAUGUUGGUGGAGCGACUGAAGGAGCCUGAUACAUCCCUGUACCGUCCUGCGCUAGAUGCCAUCAAGAACUUUAUAAAAACAUCUACAUCUUCGAUGACAGCUGUUCCGAAGCCCUUGAAGUUCCUCCGACCGCAUUAUGACGAACUCACCGAAGUUUACGAGAGGUGGCAAGCCGGGUCAGACAAGGAUUCUCUGGCAGAUACGUUGUCCGUUCUUGGAAUGACCUACGGUGUGGAGGACAAGCUUGAGACACUCAAAUAUCGCCUUCUAUCCAAGUCUCCCGCCGAGGAUCUGGGAUCUUGGGGCCACGAAUACGUUCGACACCUUGCGCUGGAGAUUGGGCAAGAAUAUCAGAACCGAUUAUCUGAAGACAAAGAAUUCAGCGAUCUUACCGAACUUGCUCUAUCUCUCGUCCCUUACUUCCUUUCACACAACGCCGAAGCCGACGCCGUCGAUUUACUCAGCGAGCUCGAGAUGAUCGAGGAGAUCUCCAAGUUUGUGGAUGAAAACACAUAUCAAAGAGUCUGCCUUUACAUGGUCAGCAUGGUCAACCUGCUCACAUAUCCGGAAGACCAUCAAUUCCUGCACACAGCGCACGAGAUCUAUGUCCGAUACAACAAGUUGACACAAGCGAUCGUCAUCGCCAUCCGUCUCAACGACGUUGAUCUUAUCAAGAGCGACUUUGCUGCGACGGAUGAUAAAGCACUGAAAAAACAGAUGGCCUUCUUAGUUGCUCGACAGCAGAUAUGGCUCGAUCUUCCUGGAGACGACGAGGAAGAUCAAGAGUUGGCAGAAUGUCUUAACAACACCCAAAUCCCUACGCACUUCAAGGCACUGGCAAAAGAGUUGAAUAUUCUAGAUCCCAAGAUGCCGGAAGAUAUAUACAAAACCCACUUGGAAAGCAGCAGAGGUGCAGGUUUGACGAAUGUUGAUUCCGCUCGGCACAACUUGGCCAGCGCAUUCGUGAAUGCGUUCGCCAAUGCUGGGUAUGGAAGUGACAAGAUGAUGUUGGUUGAGGGUGAUAAAGGACCUUGGGUGUGGAAGACGAAGGAUGAUGGAAUGCUAUCAACUACAGCUUCGCUUGGUAUGCUCCUACACAGAGAUGUGGAAGGCGGUCUGGACAAAAUCGACAAAUUCACAUAUGCCCAGGAGGACCAAAUUAAGGCCGGUGCUUUACUUGCCAUUGGUAUUCUCAACUCUGGGGUCCGUCUUGACUCGGAUCCUGCAAUGGCCCUUCUCAGUGACCCUGACAACAUUGAAAACAAGAGCAUUCCUAUGCGCGUAGCGUCUAUCAUGGGUCUUGGUCUGUCUUAUGCCGGUUCCAACAAAGAAGAGCUUUUGGAUGUCCUCCUUCCGAUCGUGGAAGAUACUUCUUUAGACAUGCAACUCUCAGCCAUGGCUGCCGUUGCUCUUGGUCUGAUCUUUGUUGGCUCGUCGAACCAUCAAGUCUCAGAAGCCAUUGCCUACACGUUGAUGGAUGAAGAACGACAGAAACAACUCAAGGACAAAUGGACCAGGUUUAUGGCCUUGGGAUUGGCUUUGCUCUACUUUGGACGACAGGAAGAGGUUGAUGUUAUCCUAGAUAUUCUCAAGGCUGUUGACCAUCCCAUGGCUAAACCCACAGCUGUACUGGCUUCCGUCUGUGCGUGGGCUGGUACGGGUACUGUCUUGAAGAUUCAGGAACUCCUUCAUACAUGCAAUGAGGUCAUCGAAGACAAAGAAGAAAACAAGGGGGAUGAGCUCGUUCAAUCGUAUGCUGUUCUCGGUCUGUCUCUGAUUGCCAUGGGAGAGGAUGUUGGGCAAGACAUGAUUCUGCGACAAUUCGGACAUUUAAUGCAUUAUGGUGCAAGCAACAUCCGCAAGGCUGUACCACUUGCAAUGGGACUUAUCAGUCCCAGCAAUCCGCAGAUGAAGGUUUACGAUACCUUGUCACGAUACAGCCACGACAACGACAACGAUGUCGCUAUCAAUGCCAUCUUCGCCAUGGGUUUGACCGGCGCCGGUACUAAUAAUGCUCGUCUGGCACAACUGUUGCGACAGCUUGCUAGCUACUACCACCGUGAUCAGAACUCUCUAUUCAUGGUCCGAAUUGCCCAGGGUCUAUUGCAUAUGGGCAAGGGUACGCUCUCAGUCAACCCAUUCCACACAGAUCGCCAAGUGCUUUCUAGAGUAGCUGCUGCAGGUCUUAUUACUGUCUUGAUUGCGAUGAUCGAUGCAAAGCAGUUUAUCCUCGCUGAACACCACUACCUUCUCUAUUUCCUCAUCACAGCUAUGCAUCCCCGCUUCCUCAUUACUCUUGACGAAGACUUGCAGCCUCUCACUGUGAAUGUGCGUGUUGGUCAGGCUGUAGACGUUGUCGGCCAAGCCGGUCGGCCGAAGACCAUCACCGGAUGGCAAACACAGAGCACACCCGUACUUCUCAGCUAUGGUGAGAGGGCGGAGCUCGAAGAUGAACAGUAUAUUCCUCUCAGUAGCACACUUGAAGGACUAGUGAUCUUACGCAAGAAUCCUGAAUGGGAAAGCUCGACCUAAUAAUGUGCCCUCUUACUUUUUUGGGUUGGAAUUUGGAAUCACUGUACACGGUCAAUAUGGCCUUGAUGCGCCUAGCGUGAGGAAAGGUCAAGAACAUCAUGUUAAAAUAGAUGCUUCUCGGCCCGCGCGGGCUUAAUACUGUGAGAUAUCUGCAAUUAAAUAGAGUCAGUUCACGUCUAUACAGAGCAAAGUAGUG